AUGGACUCCAGGGGUGGCCAUUCCUCGGCCUUUGCUGACCUGACAGUCGGCAACGCUACCAGCAGCGGCGGCUCGACCGCCGCCGGCGGGCCUGGGAGCGAAGCAGAGGAGAACAGCGAGUUCUCCACCCAAGGCGUGCGUGCGGACAGGUGGCAGCAGCAGCAGCUGCAGGCGUGGCCGUCCCAGCAGCAGGAGCCCGCGUGGCGCCAGCAGGCCUCGUGGCCCUCGCAGCAGCGGCAGCAGCAGCAGCAGCAGCAGCAGCAGCCGGCCUACCCGUCGCAGCGCGCCGCGUACAUCCAGCAGCAGCAGCCGCAGCAGCGCCACGUGCGGCGGGACCCAGGUGUUGUGGACGUUGGUGCCCUUGUGAGCAACAUGCGCAGCAACCUCGAAGCCGGCCCCGCCCCCCUCCAGUCAGUGCCCGACGCGGCCCCCGCUCCCGACCUGCCCGCGCUGCCGGCCGCGCCGGGCGCGCGCCGCGGGCGCACGGCAGGCAGCGGCGGCGGGACGCGCAACGGGCCGCGCGCGGCCGGCCGGCUGCCGGUGCGGGCGGCCGGAGAGGCAGACUACCCGGUCCCCUUGAUCAAGGUCAAAGGGGAGGACACCCUCGGAUACGUCGAGUUCAAGCGCUCGCCCCUGAAACUAUCCUUGGACGGCAGCGAAUCCGUCGAGAACCCCGAUGAUUCGGACCCCAUCCUCUGGUAUACCUGGUGA